AAGUCAGACUUACAGCGAAGUCCGAGCAGGAAGGGUAUCGAGCAGCCAGGCCGUCAAGAACUGUUGGCAUCCGCUGAUGCCGAGGCCAGGAGAGUCCCACAAGGAUUAGAUCUGUAAGCUACGGCCGCGUAGAGUGCUUUCGCAGCAGCUCCCUAUAUUCCCGGCGCCAAUGUCCUUCACCGCUAAGCUUCGCGCAAGCAACCGGCAGUCUACCACCUCGGACUCACGAGAACGAAGCUCCUGCGCCAGCGGCCGCACUCGGUCCACAAGCCCUGUCAAGAAUCCUGAUGACCUUCUUAAACUCGAAAAACCCGUGACCUGGAUGACUCCGGACCCGCGCACGCUACGGGACAUGGUAAAGGCGACAGGGAGUGCCCAGGCGCUACAACUCUUUGACAAUAUUUGGAGGGUUAUACAAGGAGAAGGAUACUUGCCGCGGGAGUUGAAGGGGAUUUUGAAGGAGGAGCUGAUGGUUGACGACUCACGCUUUGCACCAGCUGAUAGGGCUAUGGUGAUGAGUCAGAAAGAGAGGGACGAUGCUUGUCGGCUCUUCCCGUCACUCGGCGCCGACGAAGGCCGGAUGCUCGGCCUUCUCACUCUCUACGGCGAGCUCAACACCAUCCGCGACAUCGUUGCUACUACUAUACGGUUCAUAAACACGCCCCGCUCCGAAGCGGCGUGGAAUGACCACAUUCACGGCCCAGUCUUGCGCCUUGCUGUGUCCAGUACCCCGCACGUUGGCGCAGAGAACAUCACGCAAGCCGCCAUUGCCAAAGCCUUCGUCCCGGCCGCACGAGGGGAGCUCGAGACUCUGGGCGGCAAAAUGAUCGACUACGCACUGCUUCUUCGGCCCGAGAAACACCUCGCCGUCCGCAUCGCUAACUUCGUGGACGGCUUCGAGGAGCCACGGACCUUCAACCAAUCGACGCACGGGGUGCUGUGUUACGAGCCGACGGGCGUGCUGAUCGAGACUAAGGUUGACAUCCGACGGCGUGCCGAAGGGAAGGCCCAGCUAGGAAUAUGGCUAGCGGCGUGGUACGGCCGCGUGGCUAGGUUCGCGCCAGUGCCCUCCGCUGAUGCGGACACACCAACGAACUUACCAUUCCUCCCGGUCCUGCUCGUCGUAUGCGAGAACUGGGAGCUGUACUUUGCGUUCGACAGGGACGGCGAAUUUGAGGUAUGCGGGCCCCUUGAGAUUGGGAGCACUGUGACCGUCGACGGCUCGUACCGCCUGCUUGAGGUGCUACGGCUACUCGCGGGUUGGGUCGCCGGUGAGUUCCGUGGGUGGGUUGAGCGGUGUGUUGCAUAGCAGGGGUUUACAGUGAUGAUCUCAUGGACCUUAAUCGACGUGAACGUAUACUCUCUCUUCAGCAGCAUAGCCUCCUCCCGUCGUCAAUAAUACCAAACCUUUUCAUCACUGCUUGUACUUGCUCGAAUUUCCUGCCCGAGUCCAACCAGACCCCA